AUGGAGCCACAGAGACGCCGAAGAAGGCCUGCAGUCUCCUGCAUCCUCUGCCGAAGGCGCAAAAUCCGAUGCGACCGGCAAACGCCGUGUAGCAACUGCACCAAGUCCAAGAAUGCUACCUGCAUCUAUAGAGAUGAUCCGCGGGCUCCACGGAGGCAAAAUCCCUUAGAGACGGCACAGCCAAACAGACCCGAAGUUGUGCCAAGUCGGACCCCCUUAACACCGAGCACUGGAGGCUUCUCCGGAGAGCAGGACCAUGUUGAACCGCUGAAUUCCGAGCCAUCUCGGCCGACAAGGACUGACGCCGUCACGUCACCUAGGAGAUACACUAUCUGUAAACGGGCUUAUGGAAUCCGCCAGGCCGCAAAAGAGAGGGCAGCAGCGGAGCAGGCCGCGUCGGCAGCCACAAGCAGCCCCUCGGCCAACACGCCGGUCUCGACCUAUCACAAGAAUUCCUUGGUUGAGACCAAGACGAUAAACUUUGCUGGCAACUUUUACUUCCACAGCGAACACCGUCUCGCCGGCCAUCCCAAGGCUGUCACGAGGAGUGAAAACUCUCCGCCCCUUGGUGAUCGGCCAAAUGCUGACUCCUCCCAGCUCAAUGAUAUGUUUGAUGUCAUCGAGUGCCAUCUACGUGACGACAGCGCGUCAAAGGCACUAGAAAUCGAGAAACGAUGCAAGGCUUUAGGCAGACUCAUCAAAUCCCGCCGGGCACCCCCUUGGCCUUGUCCACCCUCGCCCAACUUGCCCUCCAGAGCCAUCUCCGAUGCUCUGGUCGAGUGCUAUCUCAACUCUAGCGAAGCGGUUCUCCGAGUCCUACAUAUCCCCAGUUUCCGACGCGACUAUGAAGCCGUCUGGGACCCCAACAACAGCAACCCCGACCCUGCUUUCCUUGUUCAGCUCAAAUUAGUCCUGGCCAUCGGCGCCACGACCUUCGACUCCACCUUCUCUUUACGCCCAUGCGCCAUGAAAUGGACAUACGAAGGACAGACAUGGCUGUCGGCGCCCGAGUUCAAGUCCCGAUUGGGCCUCCCGGCUUUGCAGAGCAGCAUCCUACUUCUGCUCGCCCGCGAGGCAACAGGCGUGGGUGAAGACAUGGUCUGGGCUACGAUCGGAACCACACUCCGUAUAGCGAUGUAUAUGGGCCUGCAUCGUGACCCUGAGGGUUUGGGCCCAAAGUCAACCACGCCGCUGGUCGCCGAGAUGCGCCGCCGUUUGUGGAACACGAUCCUUGAGCUCACGCUACAAUCAAGCCUGAACUCUGGCGGGCCACCGCUCAUUAACAUAGAGGAUUUCGACACGGACCCGCCGGGGAAUUUUGACGACGACCAGCUCAUUAACCACGGAAGUGAAGUACCCGUCCCCAAGCCAUACGGCCAGUUUACCCAGUCCACCAUGGCCAUCACUCUCCGCAACUUGUUCCCUCAACGGCUCGCCAUCGUCAAAAGCCUCAACGACCUCUCCUCCACGGGUGCCUACCCGGAUGCGCUCAAGCUCGAUGCCGAUCUUCGCGAAGGAUACAAAACCCUCACGCGGACUCUCCAGGCGUGCAAAACAUCCACAAGAGGCCCGUCCGACCUCGAGCUCCGCGUCGUCGACCUCCUUCUGCGCCGUUACUUCCUUGCCCUCCAUAUUCCCUUCUUCGCCUGCGGCCUCCAGGAAACCACAUUUGCCUUCUCCCGCCGCGUGGUCGUCGAGUCCGCGCUGCGCCUCUGGCGCGCCGUCUUCCCAGUCCCCCUGUCGCUAGACGACGACGCCAAGGCCGAGUGGGAUCCCCUCCAGCGCAUCGCCGUUAGUGGGUCGGGCUUCUUCCGCAUCGUGGCCAUACAGGGUUUCGUGGCCAUCGCCAUCGAGCUGAAGACGCUCCUGAAGGAGGAGGAGAGCUUUGGCCUCGGGCCCGUCGAGCUCAGGCCGGACCUGCUGGCGGCGCUGCAGGACUACAAGGUGUGGUCCUGGUGGAGCAUGGAAACGGGCGAGACCAAUACCAAGGGGUAUCUGGUUGCAUGCAUGAUCUACGCACAGGUGGAUGCCAUGAGGAGGGGCCUGAGCCACGAAGACACCGUGGCCUACGUGGUCAAAUCCGCUGAGGAUGCCGAGGAGAAGUGCCUUGCGUUGUUUGAGCAGCUCGAGGCUAGCACUCGUGAGACUCAAGAGGCGGUAAACUCUGCGAUUGAUGAGGCCGUGGGUGGGGCUCUGGAUUUAUCGCCAGAUUUUGGGGUAGAGGGUUGGGACUACAUGCAGCCCACCAACCCCCCACUUCGGCAUUGGCAUUGGCCUCUCACCACAGCCCCCAACAAUCCCCCAUCAUCCCCCGCCACCACCCUCCCCCUCCUCCCCAUCACCCCGCUCUUCCCCCCCGGCCCCAACGUCAUCUUCGCCCACUCCUCCUUCUUCUCCCGCUUCACCCCGGCCGGCACCUACCCGGAGCUGCCCACCCCCGCGCGCGUGCGCGAGCAAGCCCUCCGCCUGGGCCUCGUCUCCGCCGAAGGACAGGACGAUUCGCAGGCGGGCGCAAAGCUGGUGCCCUUUCCCGAGCUGGGGUUGUUGGUCAAGUACGGCCCGGAGCGGGUCGCGGGGGGUGGAUACCCGGCGUAUGUGGGGGGCCGGGUUGGGGUGGCGGCAGCGGAGGGGAAGGCGAUGAGUUUGGCGCGGCGGACGUUGUUGGAUUUGGGCGUGCCGGCGGGGAGGGUGCCCGUGCCGGAGGUGUUUGGGUGGCGGCGGGAUGUGGAGACCGGGGAACGGUUUGUGUAUAUGGAUUUGCCGGAGGGGGAGGUGUUGGAGGAUAGGUGGGCGGGCUUGAGUGAGGUCGAGAGGGAGGGGGUGUGUACCCAGUUGAGGGAGGUGGUCGGGGAGUGGAGGCGGUUGAGGUUGGGGGGGGUGGGGUUUGUUGGGAGCGUUGAUAAUGGGCCGUUGCAGGAUGAGGUCUUUCAUCGCUGCGCGUUGGCUGGUGCUCCGCCUGCUGGUCCGUUCCCGACGGCCACGGCAUUCCACGACUAUUUUGUCGCGAUGGCGGUCACCGUGUCCCGGAACCGACAUGCAGGCGCCGGGGAUGGGCAGCUCCGCUACACGCCGCACCAUCUGUUCCCAGACAAUGUCCCUGUCGUGUUCACGCACGGGAGCCUGCACCCACGAAACAUCAUCAUCUCGGCCGGGCCAAAACCGCGGGUGGUGUCGAUCCUCGGCUGGGAACAGGCUGGGUGGUACCCCGCGUACUGGGAGCUGUGCAAGGCUCGUGCGGAGUGCUCACGGCGGGGGAGGCUCGGGGGUUGGGAGAGCAAGUAUCUGUCGUGGAUUCUGGACACUGAUGCGCUGAACAGCGAGAUGGGUGGCUGGAACGUCACUGCGCUGUGCCAGUACUGGGAUUAUUUCGUUGGCUUGAUGUAA